GCGUUAGGUUUGACAACAUCCGGGCAUCUUACCAUUGUAUGUCGACACAAAUGCGAGAAUGUGGGUAUUCGGUUAUGGUUCUUUGACUUGGAAUGUAGACUUUCCCUACGAAGAUCGAUGUGUGGGCUACGUUGAAGGCUUCGCCCGUCGUUUCUGGCAAGGUAGCAUUGAUCACAGAGGAGUUCCAGAUGCGCCCGGACGAGUUGUCACACUAGUUCCAGACGAAAAGGAGCAUAUAUGGGGAAUCGCUUACAAAUUAGCCGAACAUCAAGUUGCCGAAGUUAUGUCUCACUUGGAUCAUCGAGAAAAAUGUGGCUACGAAACCAGAGAGAUGUUAUUUCAUCCGAAGGACACGUUACUCCAACCUUUCCAGGUCACUGCUUAUUCAGCGUCAAGCGACAAUCCGUGGUACCUUGGUCCGGCACCGCUUGAAGACAUGGCAACUGAGAUUGCAACUCGUUGUGGUCCGAGUGGCAGGAAUGCUGAGUAUCUGUUGAAGUUAGCUGAAAGCAUGAGGUCUAUUGCCCCUCAUCACCAUGACGACCAUCUCUACACAUUAGAGGAGAAAGUGAAACGGAUCCUUUGUCUAAACGAUGAUGAUGAUUGAAGGAUUAAAAGAUUUUUAGUGUAGGUCUCUGAUGCAGAUCAAUUUCAAAGAUGUUAUGCAGUGUUUACUGUAUUUGAGAUUGUUUUUCGUAUAUGACUAUUGUAUUGAGUAGGUGACAGAGUCACUGGUCAUCAAAUCGUGUGAAGCACAGUGCAAAUGUGAUCACUAACGUCAGAAAUCGAAGUUUUGGUGUGGUUUUAUUUACCUUGAUUUGACUGUUGCUGAAACAGCAAGUACAAUGUUUUGGUCGUUUAAACCAUUCACACACACACACACACACACACACACACACACACACACACACACACACACACACACACACACACACAUGCAUGCACACACAAACAAAUACAAGUACACAAAAAGUACAUUAAAGAGACACACAAACACACAAACAACAAAAAACACAAAACACACAAACAAACCAACAAAUCUUGUUUAGUUGUUUUAGGCUUUUCCAGUCAAUCUUCUAUCUCCCCUGUAAUGAUUAUGUUG